ACCAAGAAUGCCAGCUACAACGCCAAAAUGACCACUCCUCCCGAAUCGGUUUUUGUCUCGAAAAAGAAGACUCUCAGCUUCACACCUAAUAGCCAGAACAUCGACCUCACAAACAACCACAUCAACCAUAACCAAGAUCAUAUUCUACAAAACGCAAUAAUAACAUCGAGAUCACUCUUGCUUUCUCCAGCCUUCUCUUCUCCACAGCGCCCCAACAAGUUCAACUCCAGCAUCGGCUUGUCGUCUCCAGCUCCAGCCAAGAGCUUCAACCAUGCUGCAAACUCGUAUAUGGAUCCUAACUCGUCAUUCUUGUCCUCAGACUCUGCCAAGAAAGUAAAGAAGUCAAAGGCAUCCAAAGACACAGCUUUUGAUUUGCACUCAGAGGACAAGCCUCCCUAUUCGUAUGCUACAUUGAUUGGGAUCUCCAUCUUAAGCAACGAGUACAAGAAGUUGACGUUGUCGCAAAUCUACCUGUGGAUUUCAGACACCUUCAAGUACUACAAGCGUGAAGAUGUUGGAUGGCAGAAUUCAAUUCGUCACAACCUUUCAUUGAAUAAAGCCUUUGUAAAAGGCGAAAAAUCCAAAGAUGGAAAGGGCCACUUCUGGUGUAUCAAAGAUGGCUUUGAAGAGCAGUUCUUAAAAUCUAGAAGCGUCAAGAAGAGCUCGUACCACGAAGUCAUGGACCAGAUCAGAAACGCAAAUCUCAAGAACCGAGAAGAUACAAAGCGCACCAUGAAUGCAAUCCCAUCAUCUCCAAAUAUUGCUAAUGAAAGCUUUGAAGAACAACCAAAGAAGAGAAAGGUAUCUGAUCUCGAUAGAGCUGCUGACUACGAUGGAGUUUACGAUUACACGUACGAUGACGAAGACAACUCUCGUGCUGGAGAUGAUGAAGACAUCACCCAUAUCUUGGAUCCUCCCGUGAAGAAACACAAGCCAGACUCAAUGGAUGAUCCGUUUAAGCAGUGGGACGAUACGAUAAACUUACACAACUCUAAUAAUUUAACUAAGACGCCUACUGCUUCCAACCCCCCUCAGUUCACGAUAACUGGAUCUCCCAACAAACCUUUGCUAGCAGGUAAGAACUUGACGUAUACUUCGUCUUUCAGUUGUAACUCGAAUUUGGAGUUGUCUCCAAUCAGACCCACAGAAACUGGACCUUUGUUGGAGCCAAUAACGCCAGGUACUAAUGCCUACCAGCAGAAUCAGACUGGGUUACAACAGUUGCACCCUCCAAUCAACACCACCUCCCUUCCAUCUCUCUUGAAUUCUAGUAUACUGCUGAACCAACCUGGUUCUAGCGGCCAAAAGACUCCUAAGAGUAACGUCUUGAGAACACCAUUGCGCAACUUGAGAACUCCACAGACCAACUCCAUCAUGAAAAAGCUAUGGAACUCUCCUUCUUACUUGGACGACUUCUACUUCAGUCCAUUGGUCAACAAUCAUAUAUUUGGUAGUGGUGUGGUUUCUCGUACUGUACAUCAUAGCCUAACUUCUUACGACGAUGACGAUAUGAUUUUGCGCAACUACGAGCACAACCAGCAGCAGUCUAUCAACUCGUCACCAUUCAUUUCAUCUGCUUCUGUAGACACAAGCAGAAACUUGUUCAACGACUUCAAGAAAGUAGAUGAAAGCAGUGCAGCCACUUCGGUGAGCGAAAGCUCUUCAGCUAAGGAUGCCGAAUAG